ACAAACAAUGUGUGUAUAUCAGACGCUAUAGAAUAUAUCUACACGACCUUUCAUAAACUAAAGCGUAUGUAGUCCCAGAAAUGUCAACCUAUUUCCCGAAAAGCCUGAAAAAUAAAGCUAAGAGCACAUACCCGGUUGUCAAGCAGUCGGUGUUGCUCGCAAUAAGACGACCACAGAAAUCAUUAUACGAUACCGCUAAUGUACAUCCAGUGCUACACCGAGGAUACCCAGUGUUUGACACUAUAUUCGAUACGCUAAAUGACAAAGCAAGUGGUUUGCGAAAGUAUAAACGCAGGGAAGAAAAACCGGUAGUAAGAACUGACUACACCCCAAACGAUAUGCACGAAAUGAACCAUAGGUUUAGAUUCAAACUAUCUGGUACAUUUAAUGCCAAAAGCUUCGAAAGCGAGCUCGAGUCGCACUGCAACCAGCUCUUUCUCGUUGGAUGGAUCAAGUGCCGACGUACAUUUGCCAUCGGGCACCUCCAAGGAAACGUAAUCGCCACCAGUUACAUGAAGCGGUGGAUGGAAAUAUGCGGCACCAAAAAUGGCCACUUCACCAGUGUUAUGUUUUUCGAUGAAAACUACGCCAUACCCAAGUUGGAUUACACCGAGAUAACAGUAGUACGCGACUACAGGAAACCUCAGAAGAAAGCACAGCACCAACGGGUGAUAAUAGAGAGACGUGAGAUACAGGGUCUACUAGCAUAAACGCUUAGCCUUCUUCAAAACAUGAC